AUGUCAACUGUCCUGGAGGUCAAUGGCUCCAAGUCUUCCCUAAUGCUGCAAAACUUACUGGCCCUUGAGACAAUCAAUGUUAACUAUACUGGAGAUGGGUCAACUAUCCUGCAGAUCAAUGGCUCCAAGUCUUCACUGCGGGUCAUAUAUAAGUCUGCACUGUUGAGGCUGCAAACUUACUGGCCCUUGAGACAAUCAAUGUUAACUAUACUGGAGAUGGGUCAACUAUCCUGCAGAUCAAUGGCUCCAAGUCUUCACUGGGAAAGCCAAGGAAACGUUGGUGCAGGUGUCUAUUCUGAACUCUUCUCAUCAAUGGCCCCUAGUCAUUACUGA